CACUUAUAUUCUCUUUAAGCGUUAUAAAAUAAGAUAUAUAAAUAUAUUAAACGAAACGUCAUACUAAACCGGUCGUAGUUAUUCUAUCAGAUAAAGAUAACAGAGAACCUAUGAAUUAGAUAUAAGAUAACGUUAGUUAGCUAAUAGUUUUUAAUUAAACGGGGGAGAACUUGUCGCUAAAUAUGAAUAAUAUUUCAUUUAUUCAGUUAAGGCUCGGUGACUAUUCACUAAAGCACUUAAGGUGGCACUUGGAUGUUAAGAAUGUUCGCUAACUGUAUAAAGUAAUGUUGUUGUAUAGCAAUAAAUGUGCGUCGUUAGCUGCCUAGCAUCAAUUAAAACGACAAAUUAAACUGCUAAACAUGUUAACGAAAUUUUAAACCAAAUCCGGAAAUAGUUCAAAACACAUUCCGUCUGAUUUACCUAUAAGUUUUUUCCCACCUGUAUUCAUAUCGCAUAUAGAAUCACAGCGCAGGAGGUGUGGUUUGCCACAAAACGAGUGGGUUCGCAAGAUCACGCUGCUAAGUUACCAUUGCCAAGAUGGCUGCCGCAGGUCGUCUCUGAUUGGCUGUUGCGGGAACCUGGGGGAAAGGUUGCCUGUCUCCUAUUGGUUGUUCUGGAAGCGUGGGCGAAAGGUUGCGCGUCGUUGAUUGGCUGCCCGGUAAAACCUACGGGGAAAGGUUGCAUUGAUCAGCUGCUCUCUGCAGAUAUCUCACUUUCUGAAAACAAUGUAGAAGUGCUGAAGAAACACAGAGGAGGAAAGGAAACGUUUGCGCUGUCGGACUUUUGGGUGAAGCUCCGGGUCAGAAUCGCCACCUGUCUUCUUUAUUAAGAGAGAAAACGGACUGGAUCAGGCUGCUUCAUCUUUUCCAACAACUCGUAUCGUUUAAUCGCAUGUCAUAUUCUCUUUUCCGCAUCUGCUCAGUUCCUGGCGUUUCAGCGAUGCGAAGGCGGAAUAACUCUCCCCUCGAAGAGCAUGAAAGCUCCCUCACGCUGCAGAACCGGGGGACGGAUCUGACAGACGACGGAGACAGGAGCACAGAGACGGAGAGAGCCAUGAGGCGAAAAUACCGGAGGAGUCGUUUGAUGUGGAGGUUGACGAGGAUCUUCCUCUGGGUUUUGGGGAUCUACAUUGCUAUUCCGUUCAUCAUCAAGCUCUUUCCUUUCAUCCAGGCCAAGCUGGUCUUUUUAAACUUUGUGAGGGUGCCAUAUUUUAUCGAUCUUAAGAAGCCGCUCGAUCAAGGCCUGAACCACACCCACAACUUCUACCUUCAGCCAGAGGAUGGUGUUCAUAUUGGAGUGUGGCACACAGUACCAGCCCUGCUGUGGAAGGAGGCACAGGGAAAAGAUAGAAGCUGGUACGAAAGCAAGCUCCAGUCCUCUCAUCCUGUCAUGCUCUAUCUGCAUGGCAACGCAGGCACCAGGGGAGGAGACCACAGAGUGCAGCUCUAUAAGGUCCUUAGUUCAUUAGGCUACCAUGUAGUCACAUUCGAUUAUAGAGGUUGGGGGGAUUCAGAGGGCAGCCCUUCUGAGAGAGCGAUGACGCAGGAUGCUCUCUUCCUCUACCAGUGGCUGAAACAGAGGAUCGGCAGCAACCCGCUCUACAUCUGGGGCCACUCUCUGGGAACCGGAGUGGCCACUAACUUAGCCAGGCGUCUGUGUGACAGAGGAACACCACCUGACGCUGUUAUCCUGGAGUCUCCUUUUACUAACAUCAGGGAGGAGGCCAAGAGCCACCCUUUCUCCAUGGUUUACAGGUAUCUCCCAGGCUUUGACUGGUUCUUUUUGGACACCAUCACUGCCAACGACAUCCGAUUUGCCAGCGAUGAGAAUGUGAAUCAUAUGUCCUGUCCAGUCCUAAUUCUCCAUGCUGAGGACGAUCCCGUUGUCCCUUUCCACUUAGGAAAAAAGCUGUACAAUAUAGCGGCUCAGUCCAAGAGCCUGAAUGGACACAAGGUACAGUUUAUUCCAUUUCCCAGCGCGCAGGGCUACAGGCACAAGUUCAUCUACCGCAGUUCCCAGCUGCCUCACAUACUCAGUGACUUUCUCAGCACGACUCAUCCACACUUAUAACUGAAAGCUCUACCAGAUUGUCCUCUUUUCCCCUCCCACACACACACACACACACACACACACACACACACACACUGUGCAUUCCAUACUUCAGUAAAUCACCUGAAGAGCCGAGAACAGCGAGCAUGAGGAAGAGCGGAAUGGCAGCUUGAGCACAACAUAUGCAAAGAAAUAUGCAAACGUGCACUGAACAGAAACUGGAUAUUUGUAAGCGACACACUGCACAUGAGUGUAUGACACGGUGAGAUAGCAUGUGGUGUAUUUUAUGAAGAUGUCAUUUCCCUCUGCAGCAGCUGCUACUCUACUGAAAUAAUCACUAGUAGAGCUUACUGGACCUUUUAUCCAUUUGGUGUGAACUUUAAUCAUGUAAGAGUUAAAGUGAAUUAAAGGUGGGGUUUUUGGGGUAGUACUAACAAUGGCCAUUUUUCAACAAAAUCACCAGGAUGCGUAACUUGUACAAAUCAACCUCAUUAACUCAUUCUUUUUCAGAUUGCUAGUGAUGACAAUCUCAGAAUAUGUCAAAGUUUAACUCCUCUUUGGUUUGAUUUUUUUUCUUCUUCUUCUUCUUCUUCUUCUUUUCUUUUUUUGAUAUUUUAUCAUAAUCUCUCUUCACACGUUACAAACAUUUGAAGUUGGUAAAAGUUUGACCAUUGGGUAUUUAUUUAUUUUUUUUAAAUUAGAACUACUGUAAUUAACUUAGAUAUGUAAAACUUGUCUAACUGCAUCUGUAGAUUCACUGGACACGGUUACGAGAACCUGCAGAGCCUUCACAAAUAUCUAAGCCAAUAAUAUGAAUAUUUACCAAAAUAGCAUAAAAUAUAUCUAUAUGUAUAAAUCUGUUGGGUGAAUUAUGGGGGCUUAUUUAAUUACAUGUUCCCAGGAUUCGCUGUAGAUAUUAGAGUAUUAGAGUGAUCACAUGGGACGAUAUUUGUGUAAUCACACGGUUUUCAAUUGGCACUAUACAGAUAAAUAACAAAGUUGCACUAUUCAUAAAUAAUUGCAAAUAACAGUCUCCUGAUGGCAAUCAGAUGGGGUUUUUUUUUUUUUUUUUAACGUAAACAUCAACACAUUUUUCCGUUAUUACAAAACUGUAUUUUAUUAGCUAGCUGUAAGGCGAUGCUUCUACACCCACACAGACAGCAAUACACUCGCUUUACUGAGCUCGUCUUAACCAAACUGCAUCUCACACUAUGGAGCAAUAAUGUACUGUACUGAUUCAUCCCGACUGUAACAUACUAAAUUUGGGUUGCAGAAAGUAUGAAUUAUGAGCCAUAGAUCAACAAAAUGUUCUGAAUGUAGGAUCUGUGGGUGUGUGUGUGUGUGUGUGUGUGUGUGUGGGUGUGUGUGUGUGUGUGUGUGUGUGUGUGUGUGUGUGUGUGUGUGUGUGUACAAACUGUAAAAGCAAUGAGAAAGCUAACUUUAUUGGAGACAUUUUAAACCUGGAUGAGAGAAAUGCGCUUUUUCAUGGUGUACUCGAUACAUUGAUGGGAUUUGGGGUUUCUAAAUUCCAGGCCGAUUUACAAUGAGCAAUGAUGUUGGUUUGUAGAAAUUAUUUAAGUAGAUCUUGAGGGGUUAGUGAACAUGCCAUCACUACAUAUUUUUGACUUCCUGUGAGCUUUGAGUUGUUUAACACUGUUGGCGUUUCUGUACGAGUUCAUUAAAUCAUUAAAGACCUGCUAUGCACGUCCACUUUACUCAAAAGGUACAUAACAACGAAGGUUAAAAGAUUGAAGUAGACCAUGAACAGGACCCUAUGAAGUAUAUAUGUAUGUAGAGAAGUGUGCGCACACAAGUUAGCUUUAGCAUUACUAGCCUCUGAGUACUUUUUUUCCCAAAGAGUGUCCCCUAGUCUGGUCUAGUCUAGUCUAGUCUAGUCUAGUCUAGUCUAGUCUAGGUCCUUCUACACAUUAUAUGAGCAUCCCAAAAGUUAGAGUUCUUAUUGUUAUUGCCUGUUGUGUAACUAGCUCAUGACUUGCUUGCUAACAGGCUAAUUUGUGGCAAAUGAGAGAAAAGUCAACACACAAGUCAAUAAAGAAACAUGACCCCCUAAAUGCUGCAUGAACACCUCCUAACAUUCUGCAAACAUUUCUGUUAAAACUUACAUUUUCUCACAAUGCAUCAUGGGAAUGCACAGUCUCUUAGCCGACCAGAUCAUCAUCAAAAACGUUCAAGAAGUCUUAAAUGAAUUUUAUGGAUUCUUAUGAAACAUUUCUAAGUGUCUGAUUAUCUAUUAGGACUCUAGUAUUUGGGAUGUGACCUGUUUCUUGGUUUGUUUGUUUUUUGGGUUUUUCUCCCGCUCUUUCUUCCCUAAGUGAGUGACCAAAGCCUUGAACAAGUCAACUGAAACUGUGUUUUUUUUUGUUUUGUUUUUUUUUAUUACUUGGUUUGGUAUCAGAUGCAUGUUAAUCUUAAUAAAACCAUUGCAACUAGUUAAGAUCUGAAUAAAUUUAGAUUUUUUCCCCCUAUAAUUUGUAAUAACAUUAUGUAUAGAAAGACUGUGCUUCUGAGCUCUCAGCUCAAAUUCCCUUCAGCUGCCUUUGUCAAAGACCAAACACAAAAUUUGAGCAUAUUUUCAGUCUGUUUAGUACUUUUAUGAAAUGUCUUGUUAUUUAAAAACAGUUACUACUCUUUUUUGUUGCAAUAUAUCAUGUGUGGUUUACAGUUGUUGUUUUGUUUUAAGCUGCUAAACCUUACUGUACUACUGGGCACAAACACAACCAUGUACAGUCUGUCUGUUUGUACAUAAUAAAGGAUUGAACUCACAUUUGACUGGAUUUUUCACUACAGCUCCAGAUUUUCUGUUGGAAAACUGAAGCGUAUUAUAAAAAUAGAUUGAUAAAGGAUUUAGAAUAUUGCUAUAGGAAUUACAUGUAUUCAGACAGUCGGGGGGGGGAUUAUAACAUCCAUCCGUUCAUUUUCCAAACCGCUUAUCCUACACAGCGUCACGGGGGAACCUGGAGCCUAUCCGAGGGGCCUCGGGGUAUAAUUCGGGUGCCAACCCAUUACAGGACACAAUUGCGCACACACACAUUCACACACUGUGGACAAUUUGGAAAUGAUGAUCAGACUACAACGCAUGUAUUUUGGACUUGGAGAGGAAACCAGAGUACCCGGAGGGAACUCCCGAAGUCCCGGGAGAACACGUGAACCCUCUGCGCACAGGGCGGACGCAGGAUUCAAACCCCUAGCCCAGG